CGCUCAGUUCCCGAAGCUUCUCUAUUCCGUUUGUUUUGUUGCCGUAAAACGUGUGUUUUGUAGCCUAAGAGAGUUUACCCAGGAUCGGAUCCACUCUUUGCGUCCGUGGACUACACCUCUCCGUGGCCUUUCUCCGCUGGAGAUCUAUUGGCGGAUUGGAUUGUCUGACUGACCGACUGACUACAAGCUUUUUGUAUACGUCCCUGCCCUGCUCUGACCAGCUGCACCAUGGGAAGGAAGAGUAGAGUGAAGACUCAGAAGUCGGGGACAGGCGCCACAGCCGUGGUCUCUCCCAAAGAGAUGAUGAACCUAAUCUCAGACCUCCUACAGAAAUGCAGCAGUGCUGCCCCUUCUCCAGGGAAAGAGUGGGAGGAGUAUAUCCAGAUACGAGGACUGGUGGAGAAGAUCAGGAAGAAACAGAAAGGUAUCUCUGUGAUAUUUGAGGGCAGCAGAGAGGAGUUCUUCCCGGAGCUGAUGGCGUGGGCUCAGGAGAGUGGAGCUUCCUGCGAGGGGGUUGAGAUCGCUAACUUCGCUGGCGAGGGCUUCGGCCUCAGGGCCACCAAGGACAUCAAGGCAGAGGAGCUGUUUCUGUGGAUCCCCAGGACGAUGCUGAUGACUGUGGAAUCAGCCAAGAACUCUGUCCUGGGUCCCCUGUACAGCCAGGACCGUAUUCUCCAAGCCAUGGGUAACGUGACCCUGGCCCUCCACCUGCUGUGUGAGCGGGCUGACCCCUUCUCCCCCUGGCUGCCCUACAUCAAGACCCUCCCUGGGGACUACGACACCCCCUUAUAUUACGAGGAGGAAGAAGUACACCACCUGCUGUCCACUCAGGCCAUCCCGGACGUCCUCAGCCAGUACAAGAACACUGCACGGCAGUACGCAUACUUCUACAAGGUCAUCCAGACUCAUCUGACCACCAGUAAACUGCCCUUGAAGGAUGCCUUUACGUUCGACGACUACAGAUGGGCGGUUUCUUCAGUGAUGACCCGUCAGAACCAGAUCCCUACAGAAGACGGUAGCCGUGUCACCCUUGCCCUCAUCCCUCUCUGGGACAUGUGUAACCAUACCAACGGCCUGAUCACCACUGGUUACAACCUGGAGGAUGACCGGUGUGAGUGUGUGGCUCUGCAGGACUACAAAGAGAAUGAACAGAUCUACAUCUUCUACGGGACGCGAUCCAACGCUGAGUUUGUGAUCCACAACGGCUUCUUCUUCCAGGAGAAUGCCCAUGACAGAGUCAAGAUCAAACUGGGGGUGUCCAAGAGUGAACGGCUGUACGCCAUGAAGGCGGAGGUGCUGGCCCGCGCUGGCAUCCCCUCGUCCAGUGUCUUUGCCCUGCACUGUAGCGAUCCUCCAAUCUCUGCCCAGCUACUAGCCUUCCUCAGAGUCUUCUGUAUGACUGAGGAGGAGCUGAAGGACUACCUGGUAGGUGAACAUGCCAUCAAUAAGGUUUUCACACUAGGUAACACGGAGUUCCCAGUAAGCUGGGACAAUGAGAUGAAACUUUGGACAUUCCUGGAGACCAGGGCUGCCCUGCUGCUCCAGACCUACAAGACCAGCUCCCAAGAUGACCAGUGUGUGUUGGAGAAUCCUGACCUCUCCUUCCACUCCCGUGUGGCCAUCCAGCUACGCCUGGCCGAGAAGCAGAUUCUGGAGAAGGUUGUGGCCAGCGGCAAGGCCAGGCGCCUGCACUUCCAGCAGCAGCAGGAGGAGGGAGCUCCGCUGCCCCGCUAUGAGGAGAGCGACAUCUCCCUUCUGGAGAACGCAGAGGCCGACACCAAGCUGCCUCUCAUAUUGAGGAAACUUCAGGAGGAGGACGACGACCAGGCAGCGGUGGAACGGGUGUUAGCCCAGGUACAGCAGCUGGGACAAGGGGAUGCAGCCAGGGAACUAGCCUCCCUCAUAGUCAACGGGGAUGGUGGGAAGGUGGUAGUCAACGGGAAUGGUACGGACGCUAGCCCAGUCCUGGAGGUUGGUGUGGACGCUAGCCUGAAUCAGGAGGCUAGCAAAAAAGUUAGCUUAACCUCCUUGGACGCUGGCCAAAGUGCUAGCCCUGCCCAGGAGGAGGAUGGUAUGGUUGCUAAGUUCACCACGCCAGACGCUGCUGACCCAGCUACCACCCGGGAACAAGAAGGCCAAACGGAGAACGGAGGAGACAAGGCUACUGCUUCUCUCUCACAGGAAGUGGACGUGGACCUGAGUGCAGAACGAACUGGAGACGUGCCCAAUGUGAACAGUGUAUAGGUGUAAUCAUCAUCUAGCUAGGCCUUAUUGCAGAAGAAGAGCAGUGCCAGCCAGUCAGUCAGCCAGUCAGCCAGUCAGCCAGUCAGUCAGUCAGUCAGUCAGUCAGUCAGUCAGCCAGUCAGUGUUGUCUCUCUUAAGUGACUCACAGAAAUAAAGGAGAAUUAAUGAAGAAUUCAGAUUUAAAAAACUGAACACUGUUGGUUGGUUCAUCCCUCCUUCCACUGCUUUGUUAGUUUUACCUCCGUACCGCCGCAGACUGCACAGUGCCAGUCAAUGUCCCUCCCCUUUCCCUUUUAUCUGAGCAGUAAACAUUUCUAAUGUUUUAUGAACAACUGGCUUUGUUUUUUUCUUUUACAGUGCUUCACUGGUUUACCUUGAGAUUAUUGACACACAAGCUGUGAGACAAUGGUAGUUAGUAACAAUGGCAGCGCUGGUUUCAGUUCCACUACUGUAGGGUGAACAGAAAGAAAGAGCAGAUUGAAUUUAGUUUAAUGUUAUCUCCAGCAAGCCAAAUCUUAUCCUAACAGCUUUACCCCUCACUCCUCAGUCAGUUUAUUACUGUGGUUUAUCUCCAUAUACGGCUGCUAUAAUUUCACUUGACAAUUUUCUUCAGUGGUGUAUUCGGCUCUUUGUUGUUCAUUGUUUGAGACCAUCGCUGCCCCUCUUUCUCACGUUACACUUCCUGGUUUCACUCAAUAGCAUUUAAAAUACAACUGAAGGAAACUUUUGACACAAAAUCGCGGAUAUGUCCUGUGCUCUUGUUCUGGGAGCAAUCAGCAUUUUAUUUCUCUACUCGGAGAAUAAUGUACAAUUUUGAAAUGUGAUGGAAAAUUUAAGGAUAAUAAGUGCGUUUAUUGAGCGAAAUUAGAUGACUAAAAGAAGGUGUUUUGGGUCGUUUUUGAAAACGUUAAAUAAUUACAAUGUUUAAAAUGUUAAACUUUAUUAUGAAUGUACCUCCGCUCUCCAAGUUGCAGUUUAAUCACCUGAGGAUGCGUUGCGGCUUGGAUGAAGAAUAUCACUAAUGCUAUAGUCUAUUAUGAAAAAGCCAUAACAGUCAGAAUGGAAACUAAUUCAAACCUCUUCAUCAGCAAGAGAUGUCAUGUGACCUCCAAGACGUGUCUCACAUAAAGGACUUCAACUCAUUUCUGUUAGAUUAUUGUUUUGUUGGACAUCCUUAGUGUUUUUGACACAUUCUUUCUCCAUUCCAGAAAGAAAACAAACAGAACAUCGAUAACGCGGUCUCUCAUCCAGUCUGCUCUGCAUUUCAAAGCCUAGGUUGGUUUUCUAUUGCAUUGAAUGGCAGUGAGACAUGAGGAUGUCUAGCUUGCUCUCGUUGUUAGAUGUAAGCGCUUAAAUAAAACUUAGCUUCAGUACACCAGCUGUUGUUAAUAUUAUCAUGUUAUCUGUUAUCAUGUCGGGACAGCCGAGGGAGCUAAUUCAGAAUAUUGGUGUCUGCGUUCUCCCCCUGUGAAUAAGCCAUGUGAUGGAUGGUGGAUAUGAGGGGCACCAUUACCACCUCACUAGUUAAAGUUAACCUUACUCCCAAAGUGUUAGCUAGUGCUGCGUAUUAUAACUUGUCUAUCUAUAAGUUGAUGCUGUUACCAACCUCAAAGUGAAAGUGUUCUGAGAUCUGAGUCUAUUCUACUGUGUAGUUUAAAACUAAAAGGGGUUUGUUUUGUAACUUUUAAUUGAACUAUCACCAUGUUGGUUUCUGCAUCAUGGACUGUUUCCUUUCUGUAUUUUCAUUCACUCAUCAUUUGUACCAUUCUCUACCGGUCAAAUCAACCUGCUGCUUUUCUAAAGACUUUGUUUUUCUUGUUACUGAGAAUCUACCGACUGCUUUAAUCAAUCGCACUCUCCAAGCAAUUCACAGCACCUGGUGUAUCCAGAGCUGUCCUUGUCCAACCAAUGACUGACAAGGAGUUGGCAUGAUGGCACAAACGGACUGGUACUCUGGUCCCACGUCUGUACUCUACGUGCGUCCUCUGACAUUAAUAGUUAGUGGUAACAUUGGACUUUAGUGUCCUCAUUACUGUUUGAUUAAUAUUGUAAGUACAAUGUAUGAACAUUGUUAAUGUACGUACAGCAGUAUCCCCGACCCUGCCACAGUAUCUGUGUGUUAGAGAUGCUGACGAUGAGUCUGACGUGCCUCUUCUCCAACGCCCAGGAAGUUACAAUUCAAACUCCCAUUAGACAUUUCUUCAUUUAGUCCCAUUAUGACCGGUAUGUACUUGUGGAAGGCUACCUGAGAAGCAACUGAAAACCAUGCCUCCACUAUAUUAAGCUGUUGUAGACUCCUGACCUGUGGGUGGCAGUAAUGACGCCAAAUUUGUAUUUUUUUCAGUUGCUUGGGCAUUUGAUCUAGAUCUUUUUUUGGAAGUUCAAAUGAUGAUGAUUGCUCAGUGACACUCCAUAUUUGGUGAGUAACAAAAGUAUUUUGACAUAACGCAUGCAGAGCUGUCUAAUGGGAGUUUGAAUCGGAGCUUCCUGGGCUUUAGAGAGGAGGAACGGCAUACUCCUCGUUGACAUCUGUAGAGCACAGCUACUGUGGCCCCUCAACCCUCGGAAGCCAAGGCUUCUCACAUUCUGUCAACCACAUAAGAUUUGUGUCAGCCGACCCUAACCCUUACCCUAAAUACAGUGUAAGUACAGUGAAAAAUGUAGUAAGUACAAUAGUCGUUACACUGUGCUACAGCACAUCCAGAUAUGCAGCAGUUUAGGGCUUGUUUCUCUGACUGUGAGAGAUACCGAAGGUUGUGAUGUACACUAACUAUGGAGGACAGAAUACAGUCAUGAAACUGUCCACAUGGAAACAGAUUAAAGUUCUAAUUUCUCA